CGCAAUGUCUCCGCGGUAAUUAGGGCUGUUUCCUCAACCGGCGUGAGAAGACCUCAGGCUCCCGGGAUUCCAGUCACCUGGUUACUGCCUCCUCCGCGCCCGAGCCGGGUCGCAGGCUCCCGAGCUCUUUCCGCUCUCCGCCGCCGGCUUCCCUCCGCGGCGCGACUCUCAGGGCCAAGAUGAGCCUGUUUGGAGCAGCCUCCGGGUUUGGCACUGGGGGAGCCAGCAUGUUUGGCAGCGCCGCCGCAGAUAAUCACAAUCCUAUGAAGGAUAUUGAAGUAACAUCCUCUCCUGAUGAUAGCAUUGGUUGUCUAUCUUUUAGCCCGCCAGCCUUGCCGGGGAACUUCCUUAUUGCAGGGUCGUGGGCUAACGAUGUUCGAUGCUGGGAAGUUCAAGACAGUGGACAGACUAUUCCAAAAGCCCAACAGAUGCACACUGGGCCUGUGCUAGAUGUCUGCUGGAGUGAUGAUGGGAGCAAAGUAUUUACGGCGUCAUGUGAUAAAACUGCCAAAAUGUGGGACCUCAACAGUAACCAGGCGAUACAGAUAGCACAGCACGAUGCUCCUGUUAAAACUAUACACUGGAUCAAAGCACCAAACUACAGCUGUGUGAUGACCGGGAGCUGGGAUAAGACUUUGAAGUUUUGGGAUACACGAUCAUCAAAUCCUAUGAUGGUUUUACAACUCCCUGAAAGGUGUUACUGUGCUGACAUGAUAUAUCCUAUGGCUGUGGUGGCAACUGCAGAGAGGGGACUGAUUGUCUAUCAGUUAGAGAAUCAACCUUCUGAAUUCAGGAGGAUAGAAUCUCCACUGAAACAUCAGCAUCGAUGUGUGGCUAUUUUUAAAGACAAACAGAACAAGCCGACAGGUUUUGCCCUGGGAAGCAUUGAGGGGAGAGUUGCCAUUCACUACAUCAACCCCCCGAAUCCUGCCAAAGAUAACUUCACCUUUAAAUGUCAUCGAUCUAACGGAACCAACACUUCAGCUCCUCAGGACAUUUACGCGGUGAAUGGAAUUGCGUUCCAUCCUGUUCAUGGCACCCUUGCAACUGUGGGAUCUGAUGGUAGAUUCAGCUUUUGGGACAAAGAUGCCAGAACAAAACUAAAAACUUCGGAACAGUUAGAUCAACCGAUAUCGGCUUGCUGCUUCAAUCACAAUGGAAACAUAUUUGCAUAUGCUUCCAGCUACGACUGGUCAAAGGGACAUGAAUUUUAUAACCCCCAAAAGAAAAAUUACAUUUUCCUACGUAACGCAGCCGAAGAGCUAAAGCCCAGGAAUAAGAAGUAGUGGCUGGAGACUUGUGGGUUGUCCAGAGUUGUCUUCUCUCCACUCUGCCUCAUCUCUGUACGAAUUUGGGUCCCAGCUUUCAGUGGGUUGUCAGCCAUGGAUGUGGAUUUCAACCCCUGAAGAAAACGAUGUCAUUGUUCAGCAGUCAGGAGCCUGGCGGCCACGGUGACUGUCCACCUCUCCAUUCCACUGCCGGUUACAGGUUUUGUCUGUAACUCUAAGAUCUUAGAUUCAUGUGGGCAACUGCCAGGUAUUUUGCAGUGCUUCAUUCAGCAGUGUAUGUAUUAGAGAACAUUGGGAAACAUUCUACGAGCCCUGUACUGUAUUUUGUAAUAAAAUAUUUAGAAGAUUGUC